UCUGCUAACACUGUUUUGCGCUGCGCUGGCUGUUACACCGGAUCAUCACUUGUAUUUUUUUUUUUUUUUUUUUGUCGUGGAGGUUGAGAUGAAAUGACCUUUCUUUUCUCUGGAUGGAUACGAACUGGUUUUUGAGGAGGUGGAUCCGGGAACCUGAAUAUGUUCAAGAGUCAGUAACUGGACAGCCUGUCGGUGUCAGAGUGCUGAAGCUCAGUAAAGUCAUCCCUGUGUUUUAGUGGGAGCAUCCCUGAGGAGUUUUGUGUGUCAUCAAGACCUUGAGACACACCCACGCACACACACACACACACACAGUUGUUCAGUCUCUCCCUCUCACAGUAGACCUGACAGACCUCUAAUCUCUAAAAGAUUGAUGAGGUCCUGUCCAGGCGCAGGAGGCCUGGCGCAGCGUCGAUAAGGCAGCUUUCAUUUCACCACAUUUUAUCCCUCGCUCCUUCCUUUCUUCUCCUCUACUCCUCCAUACUGAGGGACGUGGGGGUUUGCUUUGAAGCUCGAGAGAGGAUUAUGACACAUCGAGGCCCCCGGGCAAGAAGGACAGUGUUUUAAGAAAAAGGAACCAUGAAAUGCCCCAGAAAUGACAUGUCGGACAGCCGUGUAGUAGCCGAGGAGGAUGCUGGAGUCAGCAUGUCACUGUCAAACUGCUGGAGCUGGAAUAUAGUGAAACUACAGAGGGACACGCAGAGCUGAGAGUAGCUUAACACACAUCACAUACCUGCACACACACACACACACAAACACACACACUCAGUGUUUUACACAGGACAAUGUGCAACAUCUCAUUCUGUGAUGUGGACAGUAAGGUGGACCAAUUCUUCCAGCCCACGCUCUACAUCAUAGUCAUUGUUCUGGGGCUUCCCACUAACUGCAUGGCCCUGUGGGCUGCCUACAUGCAGGUACGCCAACGCAACGAGCUCGGCAUCUACCUGAUCAACCUGUCGGUGGCGGACCUCCUGUAUAUCACCACUCUUCCUCUCUGGAUCGACUACUUCCUGCAGCGUGACGACUGGAUCCACGGUCAGGAGAGCUGCAAGCUGUUCGGCUUCAUCUUCUACACUAAUAUCUACGUCAGCAUCGCCUUCCUCUGCUGUAUAUCGCUGGACAGGUAUCUGGCCGUGGCGUAUCCUCUGCGCUUCGCGAAGGUUCGACGAAUUAAAACAGCCAUCCUGGUCAGCGCCAUAGUUUGGAUCAUCGAGAUCAUAGCCAAUUCUGCUCCUCUCUUCCACGAUGAGCUCUUCAAGGAUCGGUUCAACCACACUUUCUGCUUUGAAAAGUACCCCAUGCAGGACUGGGUGGCAGGGAUGAAUCUCUACAGGACAUUUCUGGGCUUCCUCGCUCCCUGGACAGCAAUGCUGGUGGCCUACCGUGGGAUCCUAGCAGCAGUGCGCUGCAACGUCUCAACGGAGCGCCAGGAAAAGGCCAAAAUUCAGCGGUUGGCAUUGAGUCUGAUCCUGAUUGUUUUGCUCUGCUUUGGACCAUACCACAUCCUCCUCCUGGUGCGGAGUAUCAUGUUUCUAAGGAAACCAUGUGACUGUGGAUCAGAGGAGAGCUUGUUUGCAGCGUACCAUGUCUCGUUGGCGCUGACCAGCCUCAACUGUGUCGCUGAUCCCAUUUUGUACUGCUUCGUCAAUGAGGGGGCUAGGCAUGAUGUUGGCCGAGCUCUCUCAGCAAUAUUGUCUGUAGCGUGCCACAGGGGCUCUUCUUCCUCACCAUCACAUGGUGACGUACUCAACGCUGGCUCAGUGACCAUGGAAACGCCGCUGUCAGCAAAGAAACAGCCAUGUGUUUAUGCCGAUGGAGGCAAAACGAGCAGUUACAAAACAGAACUUGUGGCUUUGAAGGAGGAGUGUCUACAGAUGACAAUCCUCAGUGUUAGGAAGUGACUCCUUCCUGGUACAUACAGUAACAGGUCCAAACUGAUCAGCUCAGUGGAUGGAGGAGCCUCCCAACACUACAAGGAUCCGAUUCUAUCAGCCUGACAGGCUGAAAUCAGAUGCAUUCAUGUGGCUGUAGAUGGUUGGGGUAAAAGCUUCCAAUAAAGGGCACAUCACAGUACCCAGUCAGAACGGGACUGAGAUUGAUGAUAUAAACGGGACAUAUAGUCUGUAGCCGCAUUAGUGGCCCUUGUGAGGUUAUAAUGUCUACACACCAGAAAAAAAAUGUUAGGUGAAUGAAAAAUGGAGAAACUAUUUUGCUAUUGUUUGAUCCUUAUCACUCAUGGGGCAAAAACAUAAAGUCAUGUUGCAAAUCAAAAGGUUUUAUCCUCUGUAUGGUGGCCAAUUCAGGACAACUCAGACUUGUCAGGCUUGGUUCUAUGUUUCUGAUUUUAUUCAACUUUCAUCACUUGAAGCUGCAGUUUGUCAGCCUCUGCACAGCAUGCUAACAUGAUAUGUUAAUAUUAAUCCCAGAGUGCAGCGAGGCUGACAAGGAUUCGGUCAUCCGAUGAAGUGAAGUGUUGGACCUGAGGGAAUUCUGACUUACUGGUGAUGCUGUACGGAAAGUCAGGUGAUCACCAAAGUCAUUGGGAUUCAGUCUCUGUGGACUGUGAAUGUUUUUAACAAAUUUCAUGCCAAUCCAUUCAGUAGAUGUUGAGAUAUUUCAGUGUGGACCAACAGAUCGAUGGACCAGCUGACAAGGAUUCAAACAUAACUUGACAACUUGGAUAUUUGGACAUUUUCCCACUGUGCCAGGAGUCAUUAACAAUGCAUAACAAGACAUUCUUGAAUAUUUAAGUGAAAUUAUUUAAACAGACCACUUUCUGUGAGUGGCUGAGUAUUGUUAUAAGCAUUUUUGCAUUAAGACUGUAUGGAGACCCAGCUGGUUAAGGGCUGCUCUAGGAGACUGGGGUUUGACACCCAACUGCACCACUGUGGAAUAUGAGAGAAGAACAGAAGGGUGAUAAAAGAAAACAUUGUAGAUUACUGGUCAAAACAUUUGUAACGCUUGUUGGAAAUGUCUUUCAUUAGUUUUUUUUGAAGGAAAUAAUGAAGCCUUAUGAAGUACCUCAGCUCAAAAACAGUGAUAGCAAGAAGGCUUAGAGCAGAAGUGUCUUUCUUAUGUAAUGUGAGCCAUGUUAUUUUUCUUUGUCUUUCAUCUUUACCACACACAGCAAAAUAAUCAGAACUCUCCACUGAGAUGAAAAUCCAAAACCAAAGCCCACAUAUAUCAGUUAUUUCAGCUGCAUUACAUUGAGAGUACAGUGGAGUGGAAAAACAGUAUCAUAAUACAGCAAAACAGAUAAAAUUAUUAUUUUGCAAAAGGUGAAUGCAUGCAGUAGUUGGAAGUAAUCGUUUAAGUAUGGUGACAUAAUAUACAUGUGUGAGGUAUAAAAGACAGUCUUUACUGAAACUGUGUUGGUAACCAACUCUUAACUUCCACAAAUCCAAACUACAUGCUUGGGCUUUGGUAAAGGCUACCCAUAGUUGACCUGAUACUGUUUACAUCCCUCUAUCAGACAGAUGCCGUUAUACUUAAUCUUUCCCAAAAUUCUUAAAUGACAUAAAGUACAUUGCCAUUUUUAUUUUCAGUUAUAUUUCCUCACCAUACACUUGUCACACUGCAUUAAGAUCUAACCUCUGUGUUCCCUAAAGCAGCAAGAUUUUAUACAUUUGCCAUUGAUUCAAGCACCAGUGCUAGCUGCUAACAUUGUUAGUUACAUUAGGGAAACAAAUUUAGAAAUACUUCUCUCUAAUGUCAAAAGUGUAAAUCCAAGUCCAGCAGCAAUUGCCUUUAUAGAUAUAUUUUAAAAUCAGCCAUUAGAAAUUUACUGCAGGCAUGUCUCUGUUUAUGUACGUUAAGCUGCUUGUUCUUAAUGUAAAUAUAACUGAUCAUUUGAAACCGCCAACACUGGAUAGCUGCCAUAUUAUGUCACACGUUGACUACUUUCUGAAGUCAUAAAGUCAAAGUCAGAGUCGUACGUGAUAUCUGCAAAAAUAGAAGAAAUCUUGAAAUAUGUUCAUAUCCUGUGCAUGAGGUGAUAUUACAGUGACACAAGUCAGUCAGUCUUGCUUUUCCUAGUCGGCAGCUUGUUUUUAGAAUAAGUCCAAAACAAAGUGACUAAUCAUAGCGUUCGUAGUGUUCAUGACAGUUGGGAUCCUAACAGAUUGCGGCAGCUACAACAAAGCAUCAAAUACUGUGCAUAAGGAAAGUUUAGGUGUGGCUUUACAACAAUGCAAACUAAGCACAGCUGUCGGAGCAGAUCUCAACUUUUUGAUUCACCUUUGUAGCUGUCAGUUUUCUCUGCUGUGCUUUUAUCAACAAUAAUUUGUCUGUUUACAUUAUAGAACGUUCUUCUGUAUGUUUAGAAAUAUACUAAAUGACAUACUGACUUUCCUUGUGUGCAGUAUUACGGCUCAGAUGAGUCCGACCCCGUGAUUUCAUGGAGAUAUAUAGCAAGUUUCCAUGUUGCAGCUCUACUGGUCAACCAUUUUGUUUUCAGGAUGACAGAUGUUUUGGAGAGUGUCUUAAGUGUUGCUUUGGCAUCAAAGCGUUCCUGUAUUUGGUGAAAUGAUGUGAAGGCACUCCGUCAGUGUUGUCCUAAAGGCUGCUCUGUGUGCCGUUGCUUUUGUUUGGCAUCUGUUAGUUUGAGAAAGGAGGUACCAGGCUUCAUAAUGUGUAUUCUUUCAUCGACAGUGUCA